UUCCACUCUUCUCUGUCCUCAGUCCUCUGUCCUCAUCCAACUGUUCUGUCACCUCAGACCCUCAUAAUCAUUCAUCACUCUACCUCAGCUUCUAUUCUUUUGGACUCAGUCUCCUCUCUUCUCUUCUUCUUCUUCAACCUCCAUUUAUUAAAACCCUUCAAAUAUUCUCUCAACUCCCCCCUUUCUUUCUCUCUCCUCUCCAAAAAAAUCCUGAUAAAAAACAGUCUCCAUCUAUCUAUGCCAUAAAAUAAUACCAUCAUGGUGGGUGGAAAUGGGAAAUUCCUAAAAUUAAAUUUCUCUUUCUACAGAAACUCACCUUCACGUUCUUCCAAACUCAACAAAAACAACAACAAAAACUCUCCUCCACCUGAAUACAUCUGUCCUAUCUGCAACUCUUUAAUCUCCGACCCGGUGGUUGUCGGGUCGGGUCACACCUUAGACCGUCUCUGCGUUGAAAUUUGUGAACUUCACAACUUUACACCCGAUCUUCCUGAUGGUACCCGACCCGAUUUCUCAACCAAGAUACCCAAUUUAGCUCUUCGUUCAGCUAUUCCUUCAUGGUGCGCUAAAAAUGGCGUCGCUUUACCUCAAGAGGUGGAUAAAGUCGCCGUCGAAAGACUCGUCAAGGAUAUGAUCGAAAAUCAGGAGAGAGAAAAUGGUGGUCGUGGUAAGGGUUUGAUUCGUCCUUCAGAGAGGUUUCUCAUUGAUUCUGUUAAAGAUAAGGCUGACCUCGACCUUUCUCAUGCUGUUACCGAGUUGACUCACCGAGUUAACCGCUUCGACUCGUCUACGAGUUCGGAGGAAUCGGUGAUUGCUGCGGCUGCGGUGAGUCCGCUUACGCCGCUACCGUUCACGACUCGGCCGGCGUGUUGGUCUCCAUUUCAUACAUCGUCGUCGGAAACCCUAAUUUCUUCCGACGAAUCGAUGAAUUUGAAUAACCCUAAUUUCACGGAAGAAUUGGAGUUAAUCGCGAAGUUUAAGAGCAGUGAUCCGUACGAUCAGGAGAUAGGCGCGGUUGAGUUGAGGAAAGCGACGAGAACGGAUGAGAAUGCGCGGGUUUCGCUUUGUACUCCGACGAUGUUGCGUGAGAUUGCGUCGCUUUUGUUUUCUGGAUACGAGAAAGUUCAGAUAAACGCAAUUGCGGCGCUUGUGAAUCUGUCGCUUGAGAAGCCAAACAAAAUUAAGAUAGUAAGGUCAGGAAUUGUUCCAACAGUAAUUAAUUUGUUGAAAGGAAGAUUACCAGAGACGCAAGAACAUGCUGCAGGUUUAAUAUUUUCUCUCUCCUUAGAAGAGAAGAAUCGGACAGCAAUCGGCGUUCUCGGCGCUUUACCUCCAUUGUUAAACUGCUUGUUAAGGUCCGAGUCCGAGCGAACUCGGAGUGACUCGGCGUUAGCGUUGUAUAAUCUAUCGCUUGAUCAUAGCAACCGAGUCAAACUCGUUAAGCAAUUCAACGCAGUUCCGCCGCUUCUGGCGGUGUUGCGGCAGGAAAAGGAGUCGAUCGCAGGCAGAGUCUUACUUGUUUUGUAUCAGCUAGCGGCGAGUGCGGAGGGUAAAGCGGCGAUGUUGGAUGGAAAUGCGGUGGAGCAUUUGGUGUGGUUGUUGAGAAAAGGAAAGGACGAGUUUGAGUCCGAGUCAACUCGGGAGAACUGUGUUGCCGCGCUCUACGCGCUGAGUCAUGGGAGUAUGAGGUUUAAGGCGCUUGCGAAGGAGGCGAGGGCGGUGGAGGUGCUAAAAGAGGUGGAGGAGAGCGGAAGCGAGAGGGCGAAGGAGAAGGCGAGGCGGAUAUUGGUGAUGUUGAAGGGGAGGAGAGAGAGUGAGGAUGGGCUUGGGGAGGAGAUUGAUUGGGAGGCGAUUCUUGAAUCGGGUGGUGGGUUGAGUCGGACUCGGCACCGAGUUGGUACAGGUCCGGGUUUUGGUAAAACGACCGAGUUUUGACUCUUGACUUUUGGUUUUUUUUUUUUUUUUUUUUUGGGUAUUUAGUUUUGGGUUUAGGGUGUAAUUAUUGAAGGUUGUUUGGUCAAGGAUCAUGCUUUUGGGAAUUUAAUUUAUAUUUUUUAAUUGUGGACUUUAUAUAUAUAUACUUGUGAAUGUGAUUAUUAUGUAAAUAUUUAGUGUAACAUCUUAGAUAGUUGUCAAGAGAAAAAAAAAAAAGUAUUUUAGAAGAAUGGAUGGAUUUGGAAGGUUUGUUACAUGUUAGGUAAUCUUAAUUUUUUCAUGUGUCAUUAUUGUCUCAGUUAUGGAAUGACUAAUGAAGUAUAUUUGUCGUUCGUAAUUGUAUUAUUUGGGUUUUUGGCUAUAUUGAGUGAAGUGACCAUGUGCAAGGUUAAUAAAAUUGUAUAUUCCUUUUGUGGGAUUAUGCUACUAAGAAUAUCUUACCAAA